CGUUACCUAGAAUAGAAUAGAACCCAUUAAAAUGACUUUUCCCUCCUCCGCCUGCCUCGGUUCUCUCCCUCUCACCUCCCAAAGCCCUAACCUAACCCCCACGAAGACGAAGAAGAAGAGGAAGAGAAGAGCAGCUCGGACGCUCUUCACCGCAGCAUCCUUUCUUCCUCAUUCCACAUCCUCCCCCGGUUGUUUUCUCAAUUUCCCGCGGGAGUUUAACCUUCCAGCAAUUGCAGCAGUCGCAGCUCCCGGAAGCUCCGUUUUAUCCGCUUCCGGAUAUCCGAUCGUACAUACAUUGUCACUGCUUCGCAUUGAAUGGAGAUUUUUGCUGUUGUCGUGAUCGCAAUCGCUGAUACUUCCACUUUUUUGGGUUUUUGAUGAUAAUCCCCCCCCCCCCCCCCCCCCCCCCCCCCCCCCCCCCCCCCCCCCCCCCCCGGGGCAUUCUUCGAGCAUUGCUGUUCAGCCUGCAAGGUGAAGCUUAAGGUUCUGAUCGCUCGUUGAUGGAGAGUGCGGGGGAAGCAGCCGACGAUCAAAGCUCGGGAUGGUUCCAAGUUAAAAAGAAACACAGAACUAGCUCAAAGUUCUCAGUGCAAAGCUGGGUUGGAGGAUUUUCGGGGAAAACUGCUUCCAACUCCCAGCCUAGUCAGCCUUCAUUCAGUGACAAAGUUGGAAAUCUGCAAGUCAAGCGCAAGCCCCAGCUUGCCAAGACAGGUGGAAAUUCAAUUGUUCAAGGGCACUGCAGUGUUUCCAAUCGUACUCCAGUGACCUCUCAAGAUAAAAAGGUCGGGUCCUAUUCUGAUAAAUGUACUGUUGAACGAGAUAGUAAAUGUCACCAAUUACGUACUCCGGCGUCUGAUAACCAAGAUGGGAACACCCAAAAGGAAUUGCAAAAGGAGAAAUCUGAUGUGACUCAGAAGAUCAAGUGGGGUGAUCUGGAGAAUGAUACUGUUGUACCUUAUCAUGAGAAGAAUGUUGGACUUGAAAUCAGAUUUGGCAACAUCGAUGGUGAGAGCAUCUUGGCUUGUAGAGAGCUCAAAGAACAGAGUGAUGUAGCUACACCUGUUCCCAACUGCACAAGUUCGGACGGCAAUGAUUUGGCAGGGGAACCUGCAGUUGCAGAUGUUUCUUCCCAGAUGGUUCCAUCCAAAUUUAAUGAUGAAGAGCACUGUAAAGAGGUUGAUCUCAUGUCUUCUGAAACAGCAGAAGUGCAGAGUAUGGAAGAGAAAAUUGUUUGCCCAUAUGAUGAUAAUUCAAAUUGCAUGGUGGAACAGGGGGAGCAUGUUAAAUCAGUCAGUGAUGAUAAUUCAAGUUCUAUCUCUCCAUCUGGUGAGGAGGAUAGGAUGGUGGUGAAAUUAGCUGUCUUAUCUGAAGUAAAUGAUGAAAAUACUUCAGAUGAGCCAAAUAGACAGGUAACCUUUGGCCCAGACGUAUUGCUGCAGGAUGCUUCAGUGGAAAAUGACAAACAUCAAAUCUCUGGGGAACCUACCAACACAUCUUUGGGCAAGGACAGUGUGGAUGACCAGCACAUAAUAGACACUUCUGCAUUUGAUCUGGCCCAAAAGGGCGAGAAAUGUAUAAUUGCUCUCGGAGAAGAUGAUUCAAGUGAAAGUAAGGAGAGAUUCAGGCAGCGGCUUUGGUGUUUCCUGUUUGAGAACCUUAAUAGGGCUGUCGAUGAACUGUAUCUUCUCUGUGAGCUAGAGUGUGAUUUGGAGCAGAUGAAAGAAGCUAUUCUCGUUCUGGAGGAAGCUGCAUCUGAUUUUAAGGAGCUAAUUGCUAGGGUGGAGAAAUUUGACAAUGCUAAAAGGUCCAGUUCACUGCUGACAGAUGGGCUGCCAGUUACUCUGAAGAUUGAUCAUCGCAGGCCACAUGCUCUCUCGUGGGAGGUAAGAAGAAUGACAACUUCACCCCACAAGGCGGAGAUAUUAUCUUCAUCAAUUGAGGCUUUUAGGAAAAUACAAGAAGAAAGAGCUAGUAUUUGUAGAGCUGAUGAUACAACUUGCCUAGGGCCUGGGUGUUUGAAAUGCCAACGUCUACCUUCUCAUAAUGUCCUAUCUGAGGGAAAAAGUGAUGCAAUGGUCAUGACUGCAAAUAAGUCAUCCAUAAAACUAACAAAACACAGUAGAAGCCCAGAACUUGUCCAGGGGCGUUCAAGUGGCCGCGUUGCUCUUUCGGAGAAAUCGCAUGCUCCUGAUGUUUGUCCACUGGCACCGGAAUCUAAGGAUUCAAUUGCAUCUGCUGUUGCUAGAAAGAGCAUAAGAGAACAGGCAUCAGGAAAGGAGAGGCCACCUAGGAGAGACAAAUCUUUAACCAAUAAUUUUGCUGAGAAGCCGCCCAAAUAUGCAGAUCAGUCAAAGAGGCACCCUCCACUGUCUGAUAAAGAUAAAGAGAAGAAGAAUGUAAAUUCAUGGAAAACCAUGGAUGCUUGGAAGGAGAAGAGGAACUGGGAGGAUAUACUUUCCUCUCCAUUACGUGUCUCUUCCCGCAUUUCAUAUUCCCCUGGCUUGAGCAGGAAGAGUGCUGAGCGUGCACGUAUUCUGCAUGACAAACUGAUGUCUCCUGAGAAAAAGAAGAAGACUGCUAUGGAUCUGAAGAAGGAAGCUGAAGAAAAACAUGCCCGGGCUAUGAGGAUUAGGAGUGAGUUGGAGAAUGAGAGAAUGCAAAAGCUUCAGCGCACAUCGGAAAAGUUGAAUCGGGUAAAUGAAUGGCAAGCUGUGCGCAACAUGAAGCUGCGGGAAGGAAUGUAUGCUCGACAUCAACGGAAUGAAUCUCGACAUGAAGCAUUUCUGGCUCAAGUCGUGAGGAGAGCUGGGGAUGAAAGCAGUAAAGUUAAUGAGGUUCGUUUCAUCACUUCUUUGAAUGAAGAGAACAAGAAGCUUAUCUUGCGCCAGAAACUCCAGGAUUCAGAGAUGAGAAGAGCUGAAAAACUUCAAGUGAUGAAAAUCAAGCAGAGAGAGGACUUGGCAAGGGAGGAAGCUGUUCUGGAACGCAGGAAGCUCAUUGAAGCUGAGAAGUUACAACGUCUUGCUGAGACACAGAGGAAAAAGGAAGAGGCUCAGGUUAGGAGGGAAGAGGAACGUAGAGCAUCAAGUGCAGCACGCGAGGCUAGGACUAUGGAGCAGCUCCGCAGGAAGGAGGUCAGAGCAAAGGCCCAGCAGGAGGAAGCUGAACUUCUUGCUCAAAAGUUGGCUGAGAGACUUAGUGAGAGUGAACAGCGACGUAAAUUUUAUCUCGAACAAAUAAGGGAAAGGGCUUCGAUGGAUUUCAGAGAUCAAUCUUCACCUUUACUACGGAGAUCCGUGAACAAGGAGAAUCAGGGCCGAUCUACUCCCACAAAUAUCUCUGAAGAUCAUCAAGCAAAUGGUGUUUUAGGAAUGCGAGAAUCUAGUAUCACUGAAGUAAAUGAAGGAGUGCAGCAUUCCCUGAAGCGAAGGAUCAAAAAAAUUCGGCAAAGGCUCAUGGCUUUGAAACAUGAAUUUGUGGAAAUUACAACGAGUGCUGAAAAUACUGGAAUUGGAUAUAGAGCAGCAGUAGGAUCUGCAAGGGCCAAAAUUGGGCGGUGGCUUCAAGAACUUCAAAGGCUUCGGCAAGCAAGAAAAGAAGGGGCUGCAAGUAUAGGUUUAAUAACUGCUGAAAUGAUUAAGUUUCUGGAGGGGAAGGAGCCUGAACUGCAGGCUUCACGCCAAGCUGGCUUGCUCGACUUUAUUUCUUCUGCUUUACCUGCAUCUCACAUAUCAAAGCCGGAGGCCUGCCAGGUGACUAUACAUCUUUUGAAGCUUCUGAAGGUGGUGCUUUCCGUGCCUGCUAAUAGGAGCUACUUCCUUUCUCAAAAUCUCUUGCCCCCCAUUAUACCAAUGAUGUCGGCGGCUCUUGAAAAAUACAUUAAGAUUGCAGCAUCUUUGAACAUACCUGUCAGCACCAACUCUGUAUCAACUAGAGCAUCAAUUGAAAAUUUUGAAUCUGUCUCUGAAGUGUUGGAUGGUUUCCUGUGGACCGUCACAGCAAUUAUAAGUCAUGUAAGUUCUGAUGACCGCCAGCUUCAAAUGAGGGAAGGGUUGCUGGAACUAUUGAUUGCAUAUCAAGUGAUUCAUCGACUGCGAGAUCUGUUUGCCCUAUAUGACAGGCCUCAAGUGGAAGGCUCCCCAUUUCCUUCCUCUAUUGUUUUCAGUAUACAGCUUUUGGUAGUUUUGACAUCCAGUCCUGGGACAAGUAUCUCUAUUGACUGGGAAAUGUUUGCAGUAGAGAAGGAACUGAUGCUGGAAAGUCGAGCACCGAAACUUGAAGAUUCCGCUGAUUCUGUGCUUUCUUCUGGCGAUAAUCCACUGGGGGAUCAGGGAAUCUCUGAUCAGGAGGGUAAGAUGGUUGUCUCUAUUAUAAGGGCACCACAGGAUCCACGAAAAGAAGAAUUUAGUCAUGGAAAUGCAAAUAAUGGAUCUGUAUCCCCUGAAGGGGACAGGGACAAGGCUACAAAUGGAGAUGUUAUGGUCAAGGUGGAUUAUGAUACUGUUGCCUUGACAAGUGCUCCCGAAGUAGCUGAUGCAAAAGGUGAAGCGACCGUCAAGCCUCGUGUAAAUGAGAAGGAUUGCAAAUGCUUAGACGAGAAUAUCAUUGAAAAGAAGGAUGGAAACUCGUCAUCUUUGAAGCGCUCAGUUACACUACUACUUUCUGCCAUAUCAGAAACGGGGCUCGUCUGUCUUCCUUCUUUAUUGACUUCCGUUCUAUUGCAAGCAAAUAAUAGACUAUCAUCUGACCAGGCAGCAAACAUUCUUCCAUCAAAUUUUGAAGAAGUGGUGACUGGAGUGCUGAAGUUUCUCAAUAAUUUGGCCUAUCUAGAUAUCACAUUUCUGCAGAAACUGCUUGCCAGGCCUGACCUGAAAAUGGAAUUCUUCCAUUUAAUGAGUUUUCUGCUCUCUCACUGCAAUAGCAAGUGGAAGUCUCCUAAUGAUCAGGUGGGUUUGCUUCUGCUUGAGUCACUGUUGCUUCUUGGGCACUUUGCCUUGUUCCACCGUCAGAACCAGGCUGUCCUCCGGUGGGGAAAUAGCCCUACAAUUCUUCACAAGGUAUGUGAUCUUCCGUUUGUAUUCUUCAGUGACCCGGAGUUGAUGCCGGUUUUGGCAGGCACCUUAGUCGCAGCUUGUUAUGGGUGUGAGCAGAACAGAGGUGUAGUUCAGCAGGAACUCAGUGUAGACAUGUUGCUUUCUCUGCUUAAAUCUUGUAGAAGUGUCUCGGCCUCAACUCGGUCAGAUUCCCUAAUAGAAAAUCUCCAGAAUGAUUUGAAUGAUCAUAAUCAGAUCAUUUUUGAACCAAGAAGAUCUCAAGUUGACAAAUCCAUGAGAUCUACACGAGGCAGUGCAAGGAACUUGAGAACCUCUCUAGUUAAAGGAACCUCAGGUGGGAAUGUUGUUAGAAUGGGGAAGAAGAAAGGAGACAGAGCAGCGAAAAGUGGUGAAGAAGGUGCAUCAAGUGAGAACACAGCAACUUCGGGAACUUCUUCGCUGAUGCUACACUGUAGGUUCCCUAGCGGCUUUAUGAAUAUGGCCGAGAAGUUCUUUUCGGAUGAAGUUAACAGCAUCAGCGACAUAUGAAUGAGUUAAAACCCAACCAUGCUCCUUAUCAUGUGCUCUCAUCACAGCUUUCUUCCUUCCAAUAGCAGCUUGACUGCUUGGGCUCCAUAUGGAGGUAUACAUCCGGAAGUUUUUGUUGGUCGGAGUUGCUCCGAUGGCUAAUAUUCAUACUGUAGGUUUGGGGAGACUCUCUCUGAAAGGGAAGAAAGCUCUACCCAGCUGGAGGACACAAUGGGUGCCGUAAGUUGGGAAAAGACUAAAGAAGGUUAUACGGUUUGGAUUUCCACACUUUCAGCAAUCAGAUCAGAUGAUCGUGCUCAAGUUCAUAAUAUUUAUUCAUGGUAAUAUAUAUCUACCUAUAUAUAUGUAUAUAUAUCGACUAUGAAUACGUCUAAUUCUCUCUUCAUUCGUUUACCUUAGUUCCCACUUCUCCUGUAUGUUAAACUCGGAAAGGUCGUUUUUUUACCAAUAAAUAUAAAUGUGCAAUAUCACUCUCUCUUAAA